GUCGGAGGAAGUUUGCGCGGCUCUGCUGAGAGAAAAGUUUCCCUGGAGCGGUUGAGGAGAGGAGGGAGACGUAGAAAGGGAGAACGAGAGGGUUGCCGAAGACAGGAGUGGACUUGGACUGGAAGAGGCUGGACGGGCUUGAUCGCAGAUAACUCCCCUCUCCCUUAUUAUCUGUGUGUACUGGUCGGCAGAGGUGCGGAGACUCUGGAGGGGGCAGAGAAACGGCUCGAGUUGGUCCGCCUUUCCCCCCUCCUCCUCCUCCUCUUCCUCCCUUCUCUAAAUGGGGAAAGAGCAGGAACUCUUGGAGGCGGCCCGCACCGGCAACCUCGCAUCAGUGGAGAAACUGCUGUCUGGGAAGAGACAGUCAACGGGCUUCGGCAGCGCCGAGCGAAGUGGAAGCAGUGGUGGCACUGGAGGGAGCGGCGGAGGAGGAGGAGGCAGCGGUGGGGGCCUUGGGUCCUCCUCACAUCCGCUGUCCAGCCUGCUCAGUAUCUGGAGGGGUCCUAACGUCAACUGUGUGGACAGUACGGGGUAUACGCCUCUUCACCAUGCUGCUCUGAAUGGGCACAGCGAAAUUGUGGAACUGCUCCUACGGAAUGAAGCUUUGACAAACAUAGCUGACAACAAAGGCUGCUAUCCACUGCACCUGGCGGCGUGGAAGGGGGACCAGCAGAUUGUUCGGCUGCUAAUUCGGCAGGGACCUUCACAUCCAAAACUCAAUGAACAGAGCUCUGUAAGCACCAAAGAAUUCAAAAGGUGUGGCCCCUUUGACCCCUAUAUAAACGCCAAGAAUAAUGACAAUGAAACAGCACUUCAUUGUGCAGCCCAGUAUGGCCACUCUCAGGUUGUGCGGCUUUUAUUGGAGGAACUCACUGAUCCCACCAUGCGUAACAACAAGUUUGAAACACCCCUGGAUCUGGCAGCUCUCUAUGGACGGCUUGAAGUGGUAAAACUGCUGCUUAAUGCCCACCCUAAUCUACUGAACUGUAAUACCAAGAAGCACACCCCUCUACACUUGGCAGCACGUAAUGGGCAUCUUGCUGUUGUACAAGUCCUUUUGGAGGCUGGCAUGGACAUUAAUUACCAGACUGAAAAAGGAAGUGCCCUUCACGAGGCAGCUCUCUUUGGGAAGACUGAAGUUGUCCAGGUUCUUCUUGCAAAUGGUAUUGAUGUAAAUAUCAAAGACAACCAGGGAAUGACAGCAUUGGAUAUUGUCAGAGAGCUGCCUUCCCAGAAGAGUCGGCAAAUAGCUGCAGUAAUCCAAGGUCAUGUGAGUGGAAAACCUCCAGACACUGAAAAAAUAUCCCCUCAUCCUAUUCCUCCCCCUCCUCCUCUUAUUCCUCCUACUAUUAAGCAAGAUGCUGUCAGUCCCAGGUCAAAAGUGAAGAUGGAGCGGGAACUUUCAGAUCUAAUUACCCAACUAGACGUCAGGCCCGAAGAGGAAUGUCCAUAUGAAGCUCUGUUUGAAGCCACAUCCUGCCAUUCGCUGGACAGUCUGGCCAGUGGCAAGUCAUCUGAUCAUGAACCCACUGUAGAAAAGAAGGAGAGGCCACCACCUCCAUCUCAACCUCCUCCAGAAGAAGAGGAAGAGCAGCCAACAGAGGCUUUGUAUAUGAACAGCAAGAGCAGUGAGUGUGAAGAAGAAAAUCCUUACGAGCUACUGAUAUGCGCCGAGACGAAGAAACCAUCUGCUCAGGACUUCAAGCAGAAGAAAGAUGGGGACAGCGUGCAUCUGCCUUCUGCCUCUGUUCUACCUCAGCAACUGAAGCCUGUUUUGCCAUGUCCUGCGCCACCUCCUGGACACGCCUGUGCUCCACUUCAGUCCGUGUCACAAACGUCAUUUGUACAACAGACCUCCAAAGGCACUGCAGAGCCUUCUCAGGGUAAAGAGCCCAAAGCAGAGAGCGGUGACGCGGGUGUCUUUCUGGAGCAGUUUUCAGGACUUCUGCACGGCUCUUCACCGGUUUUUGAGAACAAGGAGGAAGUCUUGCAGGUGUCUAGGUCCACUGUGGGCCUCAGCAAAGGUUUGGAGCCUAGGACUACUUUCAGCACUGUUGAGGAAAGCAAAGGGAGUUCAGCGCCCCCUGGUGCAACAAUGCAAAGCUCAAAGACAGAGCCCAAAUCCACUGUAGUCUACAAAACCAUCCUGCACACUAGCAUUAACAGACAGGAGCCGCCAGCUGUUACUGGUCGGCCUCCCGGAGAUCUCAAGCUGGCUCGAAGUCUUUCCAAGUCGGACUCAGACCUUUUGGUGUCACCCCCCAGUGAGGAAGAAGUGGCAGGACUGGCUAGCCGCAGCGAGUCCAUUUCCAAUUGCAGCAGUGGCAAAAAGAGACUGGAGAAGACACCAUCAUUUGCAUCGGAAUGGGACGAGCAAAAAACCCUGCCUCCGGCUUCCAAACCCCGGAGAGCUAAGUCCUUGUACAGCAUUGAGAAAAUUAUGACCUUGAUUGGAGCGGGGAUUGACUUUUCUAGCCAUCCUGACAAGGCCUUAGGCGGGGGCGGAGGGGGCAUGCGUGCCCUGGACCAGCCUGUGGGCGAUUGGCUCGAACACAUUGGGCUCCCCCAGUACGAGAGCAAGCUGCUUCUCAAUGGAUUCGACGAUCUGCACUUCAUGGGAAGCAAUGUAAUGGAAGAUCAGGACCUACGAGAAAUUGGCAUUGUGGAUCCUCACCACAGGAGGAAGAUUUUGCAAGCAGCGCGCUCUCUGCCCAAGGUUAAAGCCCUAGGAUGCGAGGCGAACCCUUCUCUUGCUACGUGGCUGGAUUCACUGGGCUUACAGGAAUACCUUCACAAUUUUCUGGCCAGUGGUUACCACUCCAUUGACAGUGUCAAGAACUUAUGGGAGCUGGAGAUUGUCAACGUUUUAAACAUCACUCUCCUGGGUCACCGCAAGCGGAUCAUUGCAUCCCUGGCAGAGCGGUCUUACGAGGAGCCACCUGUCAAACCACCGCGGCUCUCCCAGAUCCGGUGCCAGGACCUUAUCUCACAGACCUCAUCUCCUCUCAGCCAUGAGUCCUACACUGCUCGCUCCAUGGACCUGCUGCUUCCCCAAGGAGAAUCUGUGAAGAGAAUAGCUGAGCAUCACCAAAAUACAGUGCAUCGCUCUCAGAGCGAAUACCACAGAGUGCAGGACAAACAUAAUGAACGUCCAGAGCCAAAGCUGACCCUACGACCGCCAAGCUUAGCAGCACCCUACGCACCAGUGCAGAACUGGCAGCACCAGCCGGAGAAGCUGAUAUUUGAGUCGUGUAGCUAUGAGGCAAAUUACUUAGGAUCAAUGCUCAUUAAGGAACUUCGAGGCACAGAAUCGACACAGGAUGCCUGUGCAAAAAUGCGGAGGUCCACUGAACAGAUGAGGAAGGUCCCCAGUAUUGUCCUGUCCAUCACCUACAAAGGAGUGAAGUUCAUUGAUGCAAUAAAUAAGAAUGUAAUAGCAGAGCAUGAAAUUCGAAACAUCUCCUGUGCAGCACAAGACCCUGAGGACCUUUGCACCUUUGCCUACAUCACUAAGGACCUGCAGACUAGCCACCAUUACUGCCAUGUCUUCAGUACAGUGGAUGUGAACCUGACGUAUGAGAUCAUCCUAACGUUAGGACAAGCAUUUGAAGUUGCCUACCAGCUGGCUUUGCAGGCCCAGAAGAACAAGCUGCAUGCACCCUCCUUGCCAGUCGCAUCAGAGGUUGUUGAGACCAAAUCCACACGACCAGUGCCAAAGCCCAGAGGCAGCAUGAGGAAAUCUGGGGGUGCACCUCUUCCUGAAAGUCGCUGCUGUUACUGUCAAACAUGUACCACACACCGUCCGUCCUACCUCCCUCUGCACGCUGUCAGCACACAAGCAAAGAUGGAACCGCUGGAGCACGAACAUGACUCUCAUUCCCAUGCCAGUGCUUCUUGGCUUGUGGAGCAAAAAACAGACCCCAAGAGGACCGUCAGCACCAACUGAACCUGGUUCCAAGUGCAGAGAUGGAACAGUGAUGCCGGGGUUUUCGGGGAGGGGUGGCCAAGACAGGUUGGGACCCGGGCCAUUUUAGGAAUCGGUGUAUUCCUCCCUGCUCACUAACUCUCUGCCCAUCUCCAACCCGGCACCUUGAGGACAAGGAGGAUCAUCCGCAGUCUGACAAAGAGUCUCAACCCUCAACUCCAUCCGCUAAAGGGUGGUCCUGCUUAGUAGAAACGCGAAUCCCUGAGGUCUUCUUUGUAUGCUGCAAGGCCUUAUUUGUAUGGCCAGCCUUUUGACCUGUUGGUAAUGUGAAUGUCUACUAAGGGUACCUUAUCUGUUUCUUCGUAUGUCCAUUGUUUUCAGCUUGCUUCUUUACAGGCCGUGGUUUAUUUGAUGUUGUUAUAAAAUUGAGAGCUGAUGUGGCUGCUCCUGCGUUUCAGUCCUCCAGUCUACUUGAGAGGACAGCAGGGUCAGAUGCACUUGGAAAUCUGUCUGUUCAUAUCACAGCUUCCGGUAAAAAAAUUAUUGUCAUCUCAGAUUUUUCCUUCUCUUUCAUAAAUGAGCCAUUGAAUAAAGAAAAAAACAAAUACUUUUACAUUUUAUUUUUUAGCCAGUUGGCCAAUGUGAACAAGUUUGAAAGAAAUGUCAGUUUCAUGAAGCACUUCAAGUGAUCUGGUCAGGAUCUGCAUGAACAGUGCAUGCUGAAAAGCCACAAAUAAACAGAAUUCCUGCGUUCUUACUCGUCUCAGUGAAAGAAGGCUUGUGGUGGGUUUAAAGUGCGACUCCAAAGAGUCCACUCACUUGCAAGCAUCAUUUGUGUUCACUUUUCAUUUUUUUUUGUCCAAGCUACUAUAGUAAGCAAUUAGAGAGACUUUUAACUGCUGCAUAUCAGGGACCUGGACAACAUUUUUUUUUGUCAUUCCCUAUCUUUCUGUAGAAGGUAAGAAAAUGUUACCCCACGUCAUACCGAGCUGGUCUCGCCCAAUAAACGUGAACAGAACAAAAGCUGACUGUUUAAGGCAGAGGUGGGCAGGAAGCCCCAAGACUUCUUGAUGCCCCACUGACUUCUUCUGGCAUGUCUGUGGCCUGCUCAAUCCUUUGUAACUGUGAAGUCUUGUAAGAAGGCAUUUUGAUGGCAAGAAAGUGGUACGAAAAUACAAUCUUAAUGUAUAGCUGUAGGAAAAAAAAAACCCAAGCAAGUUUUAUAUUCCUGCCUCCGUAGACUUUGAAGAUGCAAAUAGAGUUGUGUUCUGAAGGUGUACUUCUGAGGAGCGGUUUUAGUUUUCUUUCUCGCUCAGCAAUCGCUAGUUUCAUUAUGUGCUCUUGAAUCGGGAUUUGCUGGCAUUGACACUACAAGGGGCUAACAGAAUGUGUAAGCUUGUUUUUUUUUGUUUGUUUGUUUUUUUUGUAGGUAUUAAUUUUAUUAUUUUAAAACAAUUCCAAGUUGUCAUCAAGCUGAGCAAGGCUGCUUGAGCAGAAACCCGAAGCCACCACUUUCUGUGUGAUCAGCGCUGUCUUGGCCUGCUCCCCUACCCAAAACCCCUAUCUCGCGUUACUGUCGUCAGUUGGGGCCGUUCAAACGCCUCCCCUGCUCACGUAAUGAUGUGGAAACUCUGCAGGUAUGCCUCUAAAAAUGAGAGAAUUAUCAUCUCAAGUUAGGAGCAGCACAACUCCUCUUAAUUGUCAAAGGGGUCACCAUGAGACUUCCUUGCUCAAUGAAUGAAAUAUUAGGCUAAUUAAAAUCUGUAGUAAUAACAUAACCAUUACAAUUAUUCUAACUGUGCCAGCUCAGACAAGCGCCCCUCUUCUUAAAUCUGCAUAAAUAACCGAUAACUCUGUGCCCAUUAUUAGAGUGACCUCUCAGGUUAUUGAAACGAGUUAUAAUUCUGAUCAAUAGCUGCUCACCAGGAAUCGUAUAUUUGUCAGCAUUGUCACUUGAAAGAAUUGCUAUUGCCUAAAAAAUAAUGAAAGGAAUUACUUGAGCCUGUGAAACACAAAUGAGGGUCCCAUCUUAUGAGGCCCACCCUUUUCAAUAUGAAUUGUUAGGUCAAUGAAAAACCUGCCUCCAAUAUUACGUGUCAUCUUGUAUGCGGAGAAGCUUCUGAAAUCAUCCAAAUUAUAACUUUUAAUUUACCAGUCUUGAGUUGUCGAUGCUGCCGUGGUCACUGUGACCCUCCAUUGCUCAGUUAAUGUACCAUGUGAAGUCUGUUUAGAGAAAAAGAAAAACAAAGUUAGUAAUAAAAUAACCGUUUGACAUCUAUUACUGGUUGGCCCUGUACAGUUAUAGCUGCCCCAGCUUGGGAAGAUUAUUCUUUAAAAAAAAAUAUACAAAAACAA